AUGCCUUACAACACCAACGCCAUCCCUCCAAGAAAGGAGGUAACAGGCCAGCCGGCUCUACCUCUGGCCCGCGUGAAGAAGAUCAUCGCCACAGACCCAGACAUUGGCAUCUGCUCAAACAAUGCUGCCUUCGUCAUCACACUCGCAACUGAGAUGUUCAUCCAAUACCUCGCCAACGAGGGCCAGAACAUGGCCAAGAUGGACCGCAAACCCCGCCGCAACGUCCAGUACAAGGAUCUCGGUAAGCUUCUCCUCUUCCUCAACCUCCUCUCAGAGAGAGAAACGAAACUAAAACCUGCGUCCCCUGAAGCAAACGCCGUCAACCACCACGACAACCUCGAAUUCCUCGAGGACGUCAUCCCAAAGACUAUCCCCUACAAGAAGAUCAAGGACCAAGCCGCAAUCUCCCGCGCGAACCCCAGAAAGGCCGACUCGGAACCUAAGAAGCGCCAGUCCACCACCAACGGCGUCAACGGCACCGCUGCUGGCCCCGCUGCCGCUGCUGCUGCCAUGCAGGACGACGACCCCAACGCCCAGCUUGAGGCUGAGGCCCGCCAGGCUGACGGCGACGUCGAUAUGACCGGUUGA